AUAGAAGAUUCAAGUCUUGUUUUGUUCAGCAGAUGAAAGCCCUAAUCGAACACCGUGAUGGCUCUGUGAUAGUGAUGAUGCGCUUCAUUGUCUUUUUCUCACUAGACUGUAACAGACCAGGCAGUCAGAUAGAGAUAGUAAAUGCAGGGCAUAAUUUGUUCACCCUGCCAAGAUCUCUGUGAUGGGUGUGACCUGAUGCUGUUUUUACACUGCAAUGUGCCAUGCCAGUCAGACCAGUUAUCUGUAGUUUCCACUUGAACAUCUUUCCUUCUCCGAAAACAGAACAGAUCAACGUGGUAGCUAAAGGGAACAUUGCCACUGUUUAAACCACAGACAACAGGGGAAAUAAUCUUGUCAGAUCCAGAAGACUUCAUUUUAAUGUUCUUUUUUGGGGUAUUCAACCGUUUUCCAGUCAUGUACCUGUCCGGCUCCUCCUCUAAAUCUCUGCUGUGUGUCUGUCUGAUUUUCAUUCUCCCGUGCAGCAGUUCAGGCAUAAGUUCACAGCCAGUGAUUUCUUUGGAUAAAGUUGAUGGUGAAGGAUUGAGCUUAGUAUGUAAAUCCUCCGGCUGGAACUCUGAACCAGCAGUUGAUUGGUUUGACAGUGCGGGGAAAACACUACCAGCUAAGCCCACGGAGUGGAACUCUGAUGGGUUGAUAGUCAAGCGACGCCUGGUUGUGAACAAGGUGGAAAAGUUCAGCACCUACACCUGUAAAGUAUCCCAGGAUGAAAACACAAAGACGACAGUGUUUCGCAUCAAUGAUGCGUGGUUGGACCUGUGUUAUGAUGAUGAACUCAGUUUCUAUGGUGCUCUAGUUGGCACUGUGGCUUUGGCUGUGAUCAGUGUGUGUGUUGUGCGUGUACUGUAUCGCAGAAUGCGCAAACCAUGAUGGCCAUGUACUAGAGACGCCUUCGCUGAUGACAUUAAAAGGUAUUUCUUCAACCCCAUUCACCACUGCAGAGAUAUUACAACCAGCCACACCUCUACCUGUGUGUAUAACAACAACAAUAAUCCAGCUAAUGUUCCCUUUCUUUAAUAUACUUACUUAAAAUGAAUCAGAAUUUAACCUACAAAUAGCAUACUUGAUUCUCAUAAUAAUGUGAUUUAAAUGGAAAAAAAUGCAAUUAGGUUAUGAAACACGACAAUGGCAAUACAGUGGUAAUACAUGUUAUUUCAGCCUACACAUUUCCUCACUAACUUGUAACAGACCUCUACUUCAGUACAUCUGCCAUAUCUGUUCUUUGCUACCACUGUGUCCCACUGUCUGUGCUGCCUUGAAAUUACUCAAAAAAGCUAGUGAAAUGUGUUGACUUGUUUUUUUUAAGUAAGCUCAGAGAGUUUUUUUUUUUUUUUACAGUGUGUGCACUAUGUUUUGGGGUGUCUAAAUCUCUCUGUUCAGGACCUGCUCCCUGGAGUUGGACUCACUUUGGCAAAGGCCAAAACCUCUGUUUAUCUUUGAAUGUCAUUUGUGAUUCCGAAAAUGUAUAGACAUGCUAUUGAGUAUCAGUGCAAUUACAGUACAGUAAUACCAUGACAAAACAAAGGAUUAGAGAAAUCAGAUAAAAUUGUCCUAUACGUUUCUUUGAAUAAAAGUUUUGUCUAUUA